GUCAGUAAAAUUUAGUGAACAUUUUGGUUGAGGUUCCGUAAAUGAUUCCUUCACGAGUUUCAUUUUCCAUUCUUCAAAGUAUCUACGGAGAAUUCACAUUUUGCUCAAAACACGUGGAAGGCAGUGCCUAUGCUUUUGAUACGGCAGGAUUCCUGUACUUUUGUUUAAGAAUUUAAAUUAUGGUAAAGCAUCCAAGCGGCUAGCCAAGAAAUCCACCUAGACCUACACGACGGGUGACGCGUCAGUACUCAGUACCUACGGCGGCGAAAACUAAAAGCUCCAGGUCCAGCUUCCACUGUCGCCAUCCGUUUCACCCCCUCACAAGCUGCCACGAGCAAUAGUCCUCUUCCCGCAUUCGAGUACUUGUCCACGCGACCAACGAAGGGGGUAGGCAAGUGCUGCAGCCUGCAGGAGCAACUGAGCAAGCAGGAGCCUAAGCGAGCAGCGCCGAAAGAUGGCAGGGCUCGCCGCGGCGGCGUCCGCAGCAACGGUGGCGUCCUUCCAGUUCCAGCCCUCGCUGUCGGGAUCGCGCUUCACACCGGUUGCAGCACCUGCUGCCAGUUUCAGAACACAAGCUUGUGGAUUGAGGUGCUGGAUUGCUGCAAAGUUGACACUCAGGAAGGCAUUGAAAAGGCAUGGAUGGCAACUUCAAAGAAAUCUAGACGCUCGAAGGAAUGAUAAACUUCCUGAUCACUUGGAGGCUGCAUUGCUGACUGAAAACAGAACUCAUCAGAAUAUGCAUCAUGCUUAUGAUUCUGGAGGUGAAAUGGCCAGUGCAAGCUCUGAUCUUUUGGCUGGUUCAACCGUUUCGGAAAAUUCAAUGCAACAGGGACCCAAUCCCUCUGAAAUCCAUUCUCCUGUGCUAAAUGAAGAGUCUGCCAUGUCCAAUGGCCAUUACAACGGUGAACCAUCUCUUUGCAUUGCUGUGAUUGGAGCUACUGGUGAGCUGGCAAGAAAUAAAGUUUUUCCAGCACUAUUUGCUCUGUAUUACAGUGGUUUUCUUCCUCGGAAUGUGGGUAUAUUUGGGUAUUCUAGGAAGAAAGUAACAGAUGAAGACUUAAGAGCUAUAAUUGAAGCCAAUUUGACCUGCCGGGUUGAUCACCACGAAAACUGUGAUGAAAAGUUAAAUGAGUUCCUCAAAAGGACAUAUUACAUAGAUGCCGGACAUGACAACAAAGAUGGGAUGUCGAGAUUAAAUUCUAGGAUGACACAGAUAGAGGGUACUCGUGCAGCAAACAGAAUAUUCUACCUUGCUGUUCCCCAAGAGGCACUUCUUGAUGUAGCAUUGCCACUGGCUGACAGUGCCCAAACUAAGCAAGGGUGGAAUAGGAUAAUUAUUGAGAAACCAUUUGGCUUCACUGGUUUGUCAUCACAACGGGUAACACAAUCUCUACUGUCAAGAUUUGAGGAGAAGCAAAUUUACAGAAUUGAUCACCUUUUGGGGAAGGAUCUGAUCGAAAAUCUUACUGUCUUGAGAUUUUCUAAUUUGGUGUUUGAACCUUUGUGGAGCCGAACUUACAUACGGAAUGUGCAGGUUAUUUUUUCUGAAGAAACAGCAACUGAAAUACAAGGGAGGUACUUUGGAAAUUAUGGGAUAAUCCGUGACAUAGUUCACAGUCACAUUCUUCAAACAAUAGCGCUAUUUGCUAUGGAACCACCUGUAAGUCUUGAUGGAGAGGACAUCCGAGAUGAAAAGGUGAAGGUGCUCAGAUCAAUUCGGAAAGUGGACCUUGAGGAUGUUGUUCUUGGUCAACUCAAGGACACCUCUGGUAAAGUUGACAGAUAUACAAAAUCCAUGACACCAACCUAUUUUGCUGCUGCUAUAUACAUUGACAAUGCACGGUGGGAUGGCGUACCAUUUUUGAUCAAGACAGGCAUGGGGCUUAUGAAGAAUAGAGCUGAGAUUCGGAUUCAGUUUCGCCAUGUCCCUGGUAAUAUCUACCGUGAACGUUUUGGCCACGACAUAGAUCUCGACACAAAUGAGCUGGUUCUACGCGAUCAACCUGAAGAAGCGAUCCUGUUGAAAGUCAACAACAAGGUCCCAGGGCUUGGGCUCCAACUGGAUGCUUCAGAACUCAACCUGCUCUACCGUGAUAAGUAUGACACCGAGGUUCCAGAUUCAUAUGAGCAUCUUCUCCUGGAUGUGCUAGAUGGCGACAGUCAUCUAUUCAUGCGCAGCGAUGAACUAGCAGCUGCAUGGAACGUGCUGACUCCGGUAAUUCAUGAGAUCGAUCAGAACAGAGUGGCUCCUGAGCUCUACGAGGCUGGAGACAAAGGGCCUAUCAAUGCCUACUAUCUCGCUGCUAAACAUGGCGUGCGAUGGGAUGACGACUGGUGAGCCAACCCGGCACAGAUGCUCGAUGUGUGGGAUCUACCUCCAAUUUUUGUUGCUGUAUCGUAUCGCAGUCAAUGAUGUACAGUACGCCUUCUGUUGUAAACGGUCUGAUCAACGACUUUCAAAGACAAAUGCAAAACUAGCUUCUUUCC